CUACUACGGUUUCUUUGAUGUACGUAAUCCAAACAUGAUGAUAUGCAAUCGGGACCUAAUAAAACAAAUUGCGGUCAAGGACUUCGAUUACUUCGUCAAUCAUCGAACCAUUCUCGAUGCUCAGGCUGAACCAUUGUUCGGGAAUUCUCUGUUUUUCUUGCAAGAUCAGAAGUGGAGAGAUAUGCGAGCUACUUUGAGUCCUGCGUUUACUGGGAGUAAGAUGCGUUUGAUGUUCCAAAUGGUGAAUGAAUGCGGGCACAAAGCCAGUAAAUACUUGAGGACUCAAGCAGACUCAAAAGGGCCAAUAGAAAUGGAUUUGAUGGAUUUCUUCACACGUUUCACUAAUGAUGUGAUUGCAAUCUGUGCAUUUGGAGUUGAAAUAAAUUCACUAACGGAAAAGGAUAAUCAUUUCUACAACAUGUCUAGGAAAGCAACUAACUUCACGGGACUGACCGCAUUAAAAUUUUUCCUGUUUUCCAAUUUUCCGCGACUGAUGAGGUUGCUCAGAAUAAGAUUGUUUGACGAAAGUUAUGCAAACACUUUUAGCAGUUUGGUUUUGGAUACAAUGGAGGAGAGAAUCACGAAAGGAACCCUUCGGCCCGACAUGAUUAAUCUUCUUCUUGAGGCUCGGAAAGGUACCGUGCAAGUGGCUGAUCUGGGCACUAUGGACUCAAAUGAGGGAUUUGCAACUGUGGAAGAAGCGAAGGUGGGUCAAAAGGCGGUCAGUCGUCAUUGGACAGACGACGACUUGGUAUCACAAUGUUUCCUGUUCUUCAUUGCUGGUUUUCUACCAUCGUCCAUUUUAAUGUGCUUCUGCGCUCACGAGGUAAUGGAAAAUCCUGACGUCCAGAAGAAGUUGAUUGAAGAAAUCGACCACGUACGUGAGGAACUCGGUGAUAAUCCUUUAACGUAUGAUGUCCUUCAAAAGAUGAAAUACAUGGACAUGGUUAUGAGUGAAACACUAAGGAAGUGGCCACCGACAAUGGCGAUUGAUCGUGUCUGUAGCAAACCCUACGUUCUCAGAAAUAAAGAUGGUGAUGGGGUUAAACUUAACAGGGGAGACAUUGUAUCUAUUCCCAUAGUUGGACUACAUCACAAUCCUGACUACUUCCCAGAACCAGAUAAAUUCAUACCAGAAAGAUUCAGCGAUGAAAACAGAAAUAAUAUAAAACCGUUGACAUAUCUACCGUUCGGAAUUGGACCAAGGGGUUGCAUUGGUUCCAGGUUCGCUCUGAUGGAGAGUAAGGCAAUCCUCUUCCAUUUGCUGUCGCAAUUCACAUUUGAAGCUUCACCAAAAACUCGUGUCCCCUUGGAAGCUGCUAAAUCAGAGUUCCAUCUUCUACCCGAAGGGGGUUCCUGGAUGAAUUUGAAACCUAGAAGCUAA